GGCGUAGCCGCACGGUGUGGUCCUUCACGGCUGAAGCGCAUUGGGCAUUGCGGGAACAGCGUGGCCUGCGGGACCGGCGAUUCAAUCGCUCAGCCUGGCCGGCGGUGGCCGCCGCUGCUCGAACACACUGAGGUACCAGCCUGGCGUCGGCCAGCGAAGCGGCGACCAGCGCGCCGACGCCCGUGCGUGCGCGCCCCUCGGGGUCGUGCGCGCGCGCGCCGGCGCGGGACCGCGUGUGAACUUGCACGGGACUGUCCGGCUGCUGUCAGCGCUCACAGCCGGGCCAGGGCGGCCGGAUGCUUUGCCACCCGGGUCGGUGCCAGCAUUUUCGCCACUGAACCCCGAGGGUGCGGCUGCUGGUUCGCUGAGGGCACGGGGCCCCGGGGCUCGGACCGGGACUGGGACUCUCGCCUCGCGCGAGACUCCUCGGACUGGCCCCGGGACCCCCGCGCCCCGGGACUGCACGUGCGCCCAAGGACCCCUCGCCCUCCACGCAUUCCCUGGCUGUAAGGGGUUGGGCCUGGGCCGCGCUGCCACUUGUUGAACCAACGUGGGUGUCGCCUAUCUGAGCUGUCUUCGUUCCCGAGGCUGGUGUGCUGGUCAUUUUGAAGCGAGAGAAGCGGGAAGUUUGACGUGACACACUGUGCGUUAAGGGAGCUUCCAAGGUGGUCUGAGCGACGUGGGAGGCCGGACCCUCCCAGCGACCUGUGCACGGUGACUGCACGCAGCGCACGGCGCUGCGAAGCCGUGAGCCCCUGCUGUCCAAGCCCCCGGUGCGUGGUCUCUCGUUUCGACAGUCCUGGAUCCUCUCGUGUGGCUGGACAGACUCAGCUUUCCAACACCUUCCGGCUUCCGGGUGCUGCUGCCGUGUCUUCCCUGCUGUCCCCGUCCGUCUGGAGCACAGAGGGGCCUUCCUUGUUGCUUCAGUCGGGCUGUGGGAGGAGCCGUUCUCAGGCAGUGAUGUCUCUUUACUGGCACCAGACGCGGAGCUCCAAGGAGGCGUUGGAGAUGGACCGCUCCCCUGCGCAGUGGAGGUGCGGCUGGGAGGGCUAGUGCACCCCCCGCAGCGGCCAGGCCAGCUGAGGAGCCCCAUGUCCCGGAGCCCCGGCGCCCGGCGGUGUGGACAGAGCCGCCCCGACCAUGGUCACACUCAUCACUGAGAAGCUGCAGAGCCAGAGCCUGGACGACCUUGCCCACAAGAGCCGCGACGCUGGCCCGUGUUCUGCGGAGAAACCGGACGACAGAAGUGGCCCUCUGUCCCCUUUCGAGACCUGUGGAGACAGGAGCCCCGGGAAGGCCCUGAGUGGAGGACUGUCCAGCAGAAGCCAGGCCACUGCGGGCCCCACACUCCCCUUCCUGCUGGGCCCCUGCGGCAUGAGCGUGGGCCUGGGGGCGGUCACUUCCGGGGAUGUCAGGGAGAGCCCCGGGCCCCCCUCGGCCCCGCCCAGCAAGCGCCACUGCCGCUCCCUGUCGGAGCCGGAUGAGCGGGCCCGCUGCCGGUCUCCGUGGCGCCCUGGUGGCUCUAGGGUCUGGACUGCGGUCUCCAAGCGGCGGUGCCACAGCGGUGGGAGCUCCUGCCUGCCCGGCGGCACCUGCCCCGUGGCCAGUCCCAGCUCGCCCCCUGGGGCCCGGCCGGCCUCAGCCAGCAGCAGCUUCCUGGACCACAGUGGGGCUGGCGCAGGCCCACCCUGGUGUCGCCGCCUGUCCCUGUCCCAGGAGCACCUGGCCCACGUGGACUCGCCGUCCGAGCUGGGCUGGCGGCUGGGCCUGCUGCGGAGCCGCUCGCAGCCCUGCGUGCUCGUCGGGAGGAAGAGCCAGUUGAAGCGCCGGCGGGAAGAGGACACUCGGUGGCCACGCCCGUCCUUGGACUUUCUGAAGAUGACCCAGACGCUAAAAAACUCAAAAAGCCUUGGCUCCCUCGAUUUCGAAGGCGAGGACGAUGACGACCCCAGAGCGAAGAUGGCCGGGUCCUGCCCACGGGACCCACACGGCCUUGUCACCCCAGUCUCCAGCCCCUGUGGCCCUCGGGAGCCAGUGGCCAGCGAGGGCAGGGGCAGUGGGGACCCAAGCACCUGGGACAGCGCCGAGGAGGAGGGCGUCCUGCCGCUGGACCCUGGGGCGCUGGACCUGGAGCAGAUUGAGAACAACUGACCCGUGGGGUCAGGAUGUGGACGGAUCCCAGUUGCCUUGUAUUUUGGACGUGAUUUUGACUCACUCUUUCUUGAAGGGUGUUUUGCAUUGUUUCGGUUUUGACAGUUCUGGGAAGCGUCUCUAUUCGGAGGUGAGAUCUCAGAGGGCGCUCUGCUGCCCGGCAGAGCCGCGCCUGGCCGGCUCCUUGUGAAGGGCCUGCGGUGGCCCAGGGCGCCGCGUGCUGUUCAGCUACGAGGCCAGGGCCCUGCGGUGCGGAGCAGGCCGAGUGCUGGUCCUGGCAGCACCUGGUGCGACUUCAAUAAAAACAUCUGCUUUGCA